UUAACGCCAUUGCCCUUUAGAAAACCGUCUGAAAGUAAAAAAAUUUUAAUUACAAAGAAAAUUCGUAUUUCCUGUGUUGUGUUAAACCAUGUAACUGUUAAAUUAUUGUGCCGUUUACAUUUGACAUACUCAGUGUGAUAUGAGGCCUAAAACAAGCCUCGAUGAAACUUAAACUAGAUAAUGCACAAAAUAACAAAAGGCCUGAAAAAGAAGAAAAAGGGCAAAAAAUCCAAACAUAAAGAAGAAGAGUUAUUUAAACCUGAGGAACUAGAAGCUUAUCGACGUGAACAUCAAGACGAAUCAUCAACUGCCAUUGGCCAGAACGAAGAGUGGAAAAAGUUUCUUGCACUUACAUCCGGUGUUGAUGACGUACUAAAAAAGACUCAGGGUGAUUUAGAUCGAAUCAAAAGCACAUCGUUUUUCCAACGAGUGCCACCACCGAGUGAAAUUAAAAAGCAAGAACAGGCUGAAACCGAAAAACCAGACAUCAAGGAAACAGAAAAACCUACUGACGCUGAUAUUGGUAUAGUCCAAAUUUCGGAAUCUGAUUCAGAGGAAGAGGAAGAGGAUGAUAUUUUCGACACAGCAUAUAUAGAUGCUAUUGCAUCGGGGGAAGUUAAAUUAGCUUACAUACCGGAAUCACCGACUGAAGAAACCACUGGUGAUGAUCCAUUUGAUACUUCCAUAGCUGAACGUGCCAUUCUUGGACCAGCCGUUGAGAGAAAAGGCAAAAAGUUAGUACCAAUUGGCGCGGCCGUUGAGGUAUUAACAGGACGUGUACAGAUUCCCACUUGUGCAACUCCAAGACCUCCAUCGAGCAGAAGACAAGUUCUUAAAGAAAAAGAUUUACUUCUAGGUAGUUUUGAUGAUAACGCUAAUUCAAUAGCGAACGCUGCUCAAGGAAGUUCGUCUGUAGAAGCUCCAAAAACACUUUUAGAUGAUGAUACUCCAAUUCCAUUAGCAAAGGAACCAAUCGAUUUAAGCAAGAAUUUACAUCAAAGAACUGCACCUCAAACUCCCAUUGAAACUACAACUUCCGAUCAUAAGGAGAAUACCAUUGCCAAUGAAUUUGAUGUUAUUUCUAAAAGCCUGCCUCCAGACGAAGACGACGAGGAAUUUGAAAAAUUAGCCGCUGAAAGCUUAACCAAAUCGCCAGUUGCUGUUGUCACCCCAAUACCACAAAGUGCACAAAAUAACACUUCUCCAAAAGCAGAAGAACACUGGGCUGCUUUUAACGAAGAAAAAUCACAGUCACCGCAAGACGUUGUCAUAGAAGAGGAUCCUUUCGAUACAAGUUUCGCAGAAAAUAUUCUGCCAGGUAAGGCGGAACUAAAAGUUAUAGAAAAUGAGAUUCUAAAAGAAGAAAGCGAAUUUGUUUUUGAUUCACCUGGUGACGAUAAGCUGUCACAGAUAAUCAGUAAAGUCAGUAUAAAAGUUACUGAUCCUGCAGGUCAACGAGAAUCCAUUUCGUCUUUGGACAGAGUAUCAGAAACCGAUCUUAAUUUAAUCAAACCAAUACACAGGGACCUAUUAGGAGGAAGCAACACAGAUUUAUCAAACUUAAGUGAUAAACCUUUAAAACCAUCAGAACAGAUUGAUGAAAACUAUAUAGAAUAUUGCGAUCCAUUUGAUACUUCAAUAGUAGAAACUGCAAAACUACCAGGUCAAACUGAAUUAAAAUUUUUAGAAAAAGAACUACUUGGUGAUAUACGAGCGGAAGAACCUCGUUUAAAUGAUGAUGAAUUUGACCCUCGUGGUGAAGAAUCUAAAGAACCAACACUUUCACGUCCAGAUGUUUUAAUUAUAAGCACUAGUAAAACUGUGUCAUUUGAUUUGCCAUCACCACAGAGCGAUUUACUAGAUGGAACCGAAGAAAAUAUAAAUAAAGUUUCAAAGCCUUUAACGCCAUUUUACGUGCGGAAAAGUUCUAUCCCUGAAGAAUUCUUUCCAAACGACGAUAAUUUAAAAGUGGAUCCAUUUGACACAUCAUUUGUGAAUAAUAUUGGUCCAGGUAAAACCGAACUAAAGUUAAUUGAAACCGAACUUUUUGAUCCUGCAACUGAACGUCGUUUAAGUAUUUCUGAUCAAGAUUUUGACCCAAGGAAUGAAGAAAAAGUUAAAAGAGAACAAGUGGUGCAGUCAAUAAAAGAAAUCGUCAAUACUCAAAAUAAACAAGUUAAAGAAGAAAAACAAAUUGACUUACUUGCUGUUGAUCAUGAUGUUUCUGUGAAGGUUUUAACACCAUCAGCGAAAAAGUCAAUCGAUUUUAAUGAUAUCUCCUAUACUGAUCCAUUUGAUACUUCGAUAGCUACAAAUAUUGUUCCUGGAAAAACUGAGCUUAAAUUACUAGAGACUGAAUUAAUACAUUCCAGUGAUCAAUCUUCUGUUGACCAAGAUUUUGAUCCUCGCAGUUUUGAUAAGAAAGUUGAGUCUGUUGAUUUAUUGGAUGACUUUGGUGAUGCUGCUGUAAGCCACCAACCUUUGAACCCCACCGUUGAAAAAGUUAACAGUUUCGACAAUACGGACGAUACUGAUCCUUUUGAUACAAGCAUAGCCAAUAAUAUAGUGCCAGGCAAAGCAGAAUUGAAACUUUUGGAAUCAGAAUUAGUGAUUUAUUUCUCUAUCAAGAUGGACGUUAAGGGAGUAAAUCCAUUCCUCUUUAAUGAAGAUGAAUACACUUCUCCACAUUCCGCCGUUUCAAAUCCAUUCCUCAUGGGCGAUGAAGCUGACUAUCCUGCACAAUUUGCAGGUAACGACAAUCCAUUUCUUACACAACAUGAGUCUAAUGUUGCUGCAAAUGCAUCAAAUCCUUUCGUUUUCGAACCCAUCGAAUUGGAAUCGUCUGGAAUUGCAGCAGCUCCUUAUCAGAUUAAUGCAUUUGUUGAAGUAGAACCUAGCAAUAAUCAGGAUGCUUUUUCGACGACAACGACAACACCUGCAGCUAGUCAAGAUUUUUUCACAACUAACCAUAAUCAACAAGACUUGCUGACAGAUAUUGUCGACAUCGCUCCCCAAAAGCCGACAGAUUUAGAUUUAAAGUUUACCAAUACUGUUGCAAAUGGAAGUGGACCAGCAAGACCGCCUCCUCCUAGACCUCCCCCUUCUAAAGAAACUCAAGACUUACUUAUGUCUGUGAUGGGGGCAAUGGAUGCAACCAGUUCGCAUCUGUUGGAUAGAAUUCCUCCAACAAGAACCCCGAGUCCCGUCUCUAUAAGAGACUUGCAUUCACCUAGUCCAACACCAGAACCUAAUUUUGGUGAUUUAUUAGAUGUUGGCUCUAGUAAUAAUAAGAGUAUUGUAGAAAAUAGCACAGAAGAUUUAUUAUCUCUAAAUCAAGAUAAUGCAUGUGAUAUUAAUCAAAAUCCACCCGAACCUCAAGAGAAUGUUCAGAAUGCUAAACCAAUAAGACCCAAACCUCCAAGACCGAAACCACCAAGUUAUACUAAACCGCCAGUUCAAAAUAACCCAGUACCGCCUCCAAAACCACCACCCCCAACGGCUUCUACAGCUCAGCCUGAACCCCCCGAGGAGAUGCUGGAUAUGUUUGGGAUUGAGAGUGCUCCUGCGGUUCCUAAAAUGGCAACAAAAGCUGACAUUUUGAAUCUAUAUAAUACUCCUUCUAAACAAGAAAAAACAGCAACUGAUUUGCUUUUCGAUAACGUAGAACCUGAACCAGAAAAUGCAACGACAAAUAUAACUGAGGAACAAGUUAUAACUGAGGCUAUUCCGGAAGUUAAGAGAACCCCCGAACCCGUACAAGAAUCUAUUAUUCAAGACAAUUUCAUAUCUCCAGAACCCUCACAGAACGACCUGCAGAUGGACACUAGUGAUAGUCAAAGUAAAGGUUCAGUGUCCAGUGUAACAUUCAAUCCAUUUGCAACAAUCGACGACACCUCUAACAAACAGAUCAGUCCCAGCAACCAAAAUGAGGUGUUUCAGCAAAAUACUGCAACACUGGAUAAUAACGUCUUUCUACAAAAUGCUGUUGACAACCAACCGACCGAUAUCUUUGGUACCACAGUUCAACAAACACAAGAGACUCAAGAUUAUACUUUUGGAACAGCAGAUAAAACCGACGACGAAUUUGAUGCAUUCACUCAAAAGUUUGAGUCGGUAAAGGAUGAGAAUAAAAAUGGUGCGUUUGACGCCUUUGCAACUUCAAAUGAUGCUUGGGGUAAUGAGACGACUACAAAUCAGGAUGUUUCUACAGGUUUUGGGGCAGAGGAAUCAUUUGAUGCUUUCUUAGCUUUGCAAGAACCACCAGGAGUACCUCAAAGUACACCGAAUAGAGUUAGUAAAGCAGCGUCACAGGAGUCCGACGAAGAUAAAGACUUUUCCGUAUUUAUAAAACCAAAAACCAGCGAGGAUUAUUCUGGAGGAGCGUUACCUACAAUUGCACCGCCUCCAGCGCCCUUGCAAACUGCCUUUAAUGAUACGUCACCGAGAUUUAAUCCAUUUGACCAACAAAGUGAUAUGAAUGAAUCUGAGCCAGCUGAACACGAGCCAGCUCUACCACUUGUUGCUUCAGAAAUGAAACGAACUGACUCCCAAGAAACCCCUCCAACGCCAUUGUACGAUGAAGAUAUAUCACAACCACUAGAACCAUUCCCAAGAAUCAGCUAUGCUGGGGAAGGUUGGGAGAUGCAUCUUCGGCAACCUAAUAAGAAAAAAAUAACUGGUCAAAGAUUUUGGAAAAAAAUUUUUGUCAAAAUCGUACAUCAAGCCGACUGUGUGUUAUUACAACUUUUCAAUCAGCAGUCUGACAAAGAUCCAUUUCAAGAGUUGCCACUACAACCUUGUUAUUCCGUUUCUGAUAUUGGUGCACAACAGUACGAUCAAUUUGGGAAGAUUUUUACCGUGAAAUUGCAAUACAUCUUUUACAAGGAACGUCCAGGUGUGAGACCAGGUCAAGUGAAGAAAGCUGAAAGAAUUACAAAUAAGUUAAGUCAGUUCGCAGCUUACGCUAUUCAGGGAGAUUAUCAAGGUGUUAAAGAAUUUGGUAGUGACUUAAAAAAAUUAGGGCUACCCGUCGAACACGCGCCUCAGGUUUCUCAACUCAUGAAGCUGGGAUCUCUAAAUUACGAAGAUUUAAAACAAUUCUCAUUUUGCAUCGAGGAAGCCUUAUUCAGACUGCAAGCACACAGAGAUAGAGCUUUGCAUUAUAAAAUGGAAGAAGUCCAAAUAACUUUAGUAGAUGAGCUUUACGUAGAACAAGAUGCAGAUGGACAUGUGGAAAAGCAAAUAGCGCGUGUGCGUUUAUUUUUCUUAGGAUUUUUGACUGGAAUGCCAGAUAUAGAAUUAGGUGUAAAUGACAUGAGACGUCAGGGCAAAGAGGUUGUUGGACGCCAUGAUAUUAUUCCUGUUGUAACUGAGGAGUGGAUUCGAUUAGAAGAUGUCGAGUUUCAUUCAUGCGUUCAACAAGAUGAAUGGCAUAAUACUCACAUUAUUAAAUUUAAACCUCCCGACGCUUGCUACAUAGAACUAAUGCGGUUUAGAGUACGGCCACCUAAAAAUCGAGAACUGCCUUUGCAAUUAAAAGCCACAAUUUGUGUCACCGGAAACAGGGUUGAACUUCGGGCGGACGUACUAGUACCUGGGUUUGCUUCAAGAAAACUAGGUCAAAUUCCUUGCGAAGAUGUAAUGAUCCGCUUUCCUAUUCCAGAAUGCUGGAUCUACCUCUUCAGAGUUGAAAAGCAUUUCAGAUAUGGAUCUGUGAAAUCUGCACAUAGAAGGACGGGAAAAAUUAAAGGCAUCGAAAGAAUCCUAGGAACUGUUGAUACUCUCCAAGAAAGUUUGAUAGAGGUGACUUCAGGGCAAGCCAAAUAUGAGCACCAACAUAGAGCUAUUGUGUGGAGGUGCCCUCGAUUGCCUAAAGAGGGUCAAGGAGCCUACACCACGCAUAACAUGGUGUGCAAAUUGGCUUUAACUAGCUACGAUCAAAUGCCAGACAAAUUAGCAGAGUAUUGUUAUGUGGAGUUUACAAUGCCGGCAACGCAAGUCAGUCACACAACUUGCAGGAGUGUUAGUCUACAGAAUUCCGAUAGUGAUGAACCUCCUGAAAAAUACGUCCGAUAUCUGGCUCGUCAUGAGUAUAGAGUUGGUAUUGAGCACACUGAGGGCGAAGGUCCCAGUGCUUAUACUGCCGCCACAUUUAUUAAAAGUACGCCAAAAGAAGAGGUGAAGCCAGCACCUGUUCCUGAAGAAGAUUCAAGUUCGGAUAGCGAUUAAAAAAUAUUUAUUAAAUUUUUACAGAUUCUUGUUUCUUCCAGAGUUAGUUUUGUGUGGUUAGUGGUAGCUAUCUAUUAAAACAAAUCUAUUUUCAGUUAUAUUCUUUUACUUGUUGUCAUAGACCUACCAUUAAAGUUGAAAGUGCACUGAGUUCUAUUUAAAUGUCGUCACUUAAACACAAACGUGACCAAAUGAAAAAAUAUAUAUAUAGGUACUGAAAAGAGUUUAAAUGACGAUGUGUACUGUGCCUAAAAACACCUACCUAUCUAUAAUACAACGGUCGAACUGAAUCUUAAAUUACUAAUAACUAUACAUAUGCAGCUGGUGUUAAGUGUCGGCGAGUAAUAAAUGUAGGCCAUGAGUGUAGGUAUAAAUUAGUAAAGCUUAAAUAUCCACAAAUCUAUAUUUUAUUGACCUCAGUUUUAGAUAAUGAAUAGAUUAUUGUUUUAUGUACGUAUGUAUAUUUAGAAAUGCGAAAAAAUCUAUUAUCAGCGUAUUCACUUUGAGGGACAAUAUGAAAACAUAGAUUAGUGUUAAAUGUAAAUUUUCCAUGCAGUAUUAAUUUGUUUGUUAGUUCAAAAUGGUUGUUUCCUUAUCUCGGUAGUGUUAUUUUUCAAUACUGUUUAGCUAACUAUAUAUAUAAAAUAUAUAUAUGGUAAUAAAUGUACUUAAAUGUUCCCUACAUGUUUCGUGAUUUCAGUUUAAACAUAUCAUUGAUGUUAUUGGUACGUUAUGUAUUAUUUAUAUAUUUUAAACUGUGUUUUAUGAAAAAGCACAUACAGCUAGACCCACCAAAGAAGAGUACAUAAAAUGUAAUAAUAAGUAAUGUGUCGUUAGACAAAAAGUAAGAAAUUUGUUAUUUUACGAAAAAAUUGUUAUUAUGUACUGUUAAAUUAUUUGUUAAAUUUAGUCAAGUAGAAGUGUGUUGACUAGUUUUAAGUUCUUCUUUAAGAUUUUAAAUUUUUUAGUUUACCCAUUAUUGACUGGAGAAUUGAAAUCUCAAGUCAUCGAGUCAAAAUCUAGUCACUAGUACUUAAGAUAAUGUAUAACUACUUGUAAAAUAAGAAUUUGUGACCCAUACAAAUUGUACAUUAGAUUUUAGUUUUAUCUAUAACGAUAUAUAUUCAAAUCCAAUAUAUGUAAAAAUGAAGUGAAAUAAAUUGUAAUGCUUAUAA